GUCUGGCUUGACGGCAGUCGGAAACUGCGAAAACUAAAGGUUCCGGUAGAGACUGGGUUCUCUGCAGUUCAUCUCAGGUUGCAGUCCGAGCAGAGACUCUGGAGAGACGCGCAGUACAUCUGAAGCUUGUAUUUCAGUAAGAAGGACCUGUCCUCGCUGGUAUGAUGAACUGCUGUGGUCUGCUUACUGACAAGAAGGAACCAGUUCCUCUGAAGAGCAUUGAAGUUCAGCUGGAGGUGAAGGACCAUGUGGCUACAGUGGUCUCCACUCUGAACUACGAGAACAAGGAGGACAAACCACUAGAGGCUGUUUUUGUCUUCCCUCUGCCUGGAGAUGCUGCUGUGUGUCAUUUCAGUGCUCAGAUUGGACAGACACACAUUGUAGCUGAGGUGAAGGAGAAACAGCAGGCUCGGGAGGAGUAUGACGAUGCUCUGAGCUCCGGUCAGCAGGCCUUCCUGUUGGAGGAGAGUGAUCAGAGUCCAGAUAUCUUCUCUCUGAGUGUGGGCAGCCUGCCUCCAGGAGAGAGCGCCUCCAUCAGGCUGGAGUACGUCACUGAGCUGGCUGUACAGGCUGAUGACGGGCUGAGGUUCUGUCUGCCUGCUGUGCUCAACCCUCGGUACCAGCCUCAGGGUAGUGAAGGUCCCAGUGUCCAGGUGACCUCAGUUCCAGCCUCUCUGGUGCCCUACAGUCUGUCCUUCUCUGCCCGAGUGUCCUCUCCUCGUCCAAUCUCUAAAGUAGAGUCCAACUGUUCCCUGGAGCCUCUUCAGUACCUCAACGCUGAUCAAACUCAGGCCACGGUUAAGUUGGCUGCAGGACACAAGUUUGACAGAGACGUUGAACUGCUGAUUUAUUACAAAGAUGCCCACCAGCCCACUGCUGUGGUGGAGGCAGGACAGGCUUCUGCCAAACCUGGCUCUCUGAUGGGUGAUCCAGUGGUGAUGGUGAGCCUGUACCCCGAGUUCCCCCAAGAUGUGAUGUCCUCACUCGCCUCCUGUGGAGAGUUUGUGUUCUUGCUGGAUCGAUCAGGAAGUAUGGACUGUCCCAUGAAUGACAGCACACCGCAAGAAACUCGCAUUAGCAGUGCAAGGGACACUCUGCUGCUGCUGUUGAAGAGCCUACCAAUGGGCUGCUACUUCAACAUCUACAGCUUUGGAUCACAGUUUGAACACAUCUUUCCUACGAGUGUAGAGUACAGUGAGAAGACCAUGGAGGAAGCUCUGAAGAAGGUUGAAAAGAUGCAGGAUGAUCUUGGAGGAACAGAGAUUCUUCUGCCUCUCAAACACAUUUACGCCCAGCCCUGCAUUCCUAAACAGCCUCGACAGCUGUUUAUCUUCACUGAUGGAGAAGUGGGAAACACCAAAGAAGUUACUGAUCUUGUUAAGAUGAAUGCGGGCACCCACAGGUGUUUCUCUUUUGGGAUUGGAGAAGGAGCCAGCUCUGCUCUCAUCAACGGGAUGGCCAAAGAGGGAGGAGGUCACGCUCAGUUCAUCACUGGGACUGACAGGAUGCAACCAAAAGUGAUGCAGUCUCUCAGGUUUGCUCUGCAGCCAGCUGUGGGGGACAUUUCUGUCUCUUGGGAUUUACCAAAGGGAGUGUCCUCCACCAUUCUGUCUCCACCCAUUACAGCUAUGUUUCAGGGACAGAGGUCACUGAUUUAUGCUCAACUCACUGGACAGUGUUCAGAGGCAACAGAUGGCUGUGUGACGGUGAAGUACAGCCUGGCAGGUCAUCCCUCUCAGAACCAGCUGCACUUCAAUCUCAAACCUGCUGGUGACACUGGAUUAACAGUUCACAGGCUGGCUGCUCGCACUGUGAUUCGCUGCCUGGAGUCUGAAAGCACACACAUUGAACAGGAAGAUGGAGAAGUGAAGAAGAAGAAGGUGGUGGAGCUCAGUGUCCAAUCAGGAGUGAGCAGUUCCUUCACUGCCUUCAUUGCUGUUAACAAAGAUGAUGGCAAAGCAGUUCAAGGACCUCUGGAGCGUAGGAAUAUCCCAACACCUUUCUAUCAAAUGUGCGGGAUGGCUACACCUCAAUUUGCACCUAUGGCGUGCAUGGUGGCUUAUUCUGCACCUAUGGCAGCUGAUUAUUUGUGCAGUGUCGGUGAAGUUUACGAUUGUUCAAACAUGGUAGAACCAGUGAUAGGGAUGGCUGCACCUCGUAUUGCCUCAGCGGAUAUAGAUUUUUCUGUAUAUGAGGAGAUGCAAUACGGUGAGGAAGAAUACGCUGCGCCUGAAUUCCCACCACCCCGCAAAGACCCUCUGCUGCGGCUGGUGUCCCUGCAGAAGGCAUCUGGCUGCUGGCUGCUUGAUGCAGAUCUGGCUGCAGCUCUGGGAAAGACCAGUGAAGAGGUGGAAAAGGCAAAACCAGCAUCAGUCAGCAGUGAAGUGUGGGCCUCCAUUCUGGCUCUAAUCUGGCUUCAUGGUUUUAAGAUGGAUGCAAAGGAGGAGUGGGAGCUCCUGACUCUGAAGACUGCAUCCUGGAUCAAAGCUCAGAAUGCUCCAUGUGUGUCAGAGUGUGUUGAUGCUGGGAACACGCUGUUGGGUUGCAGCGUGAAGAAAGAAGAUCUGGGGAUCUGAGGUGUUCCCUGAACAGGCUUCAGUUGUGCUAUGGAAGCACCUAAGUGCAGGAAAGAAAACUAAUAGGCUGUUGAUUGAUCAAGAGACGCAGAUUUAGUGUUUCUACAAGCUUAAAAUUGCAUUUUCUUGCUGCUACAUCUACACAUGUACCUGCCAGCGUGCCUUGUAAUGUUUACACUGUCCCAUGAAAAAUGUUUUUUGCUUUAAAACUUUCGAAAUGUAUGCAUUUUAACCAGUUUUACUGAAAAAGACAUGCAAAUAAAUAAAGACCUGCAAAUGAUUGCCCCUCA